UAUGAAUGGAAGAAGAGUAACAGUGACCUAUUGUGAUGAGUAUGGGGUGUGGCCCUUAAUUGCAGAUGACCUUUCUUCCCGGCUACCCCUUAAGAAUCUAAAAUGGCAGCCGUCGAGCCAAAGAGGCCCAAGCUUAAUCCACUCUCUCGAAGUGGAUCUAAAGAGGUUUAGCUUUGAUCAGACACCUCAACUCCUAUCGACAAUGCAAACAAAUUACCUUAAUCUGUAUUUUGUUGCAUGCGAAGAUAACGAAAUUUAUAAAAACAAGGUCAAAAAACAAAUCAAACAAUGGGUGGAUUUUAUUACGGGGAAAAAGAAUCAAGAGUGGAUGGUCGUCUAUGUUGCUGGUCAAGAUGCAAAAAAGACAAACAGUUACUUGGGACUUAAAACUACUGUAUAUGACAAGAUACGAACUGAUUUUAACCAAGGAAAGCAGGAAAGAUGUUCCUAUAUUCGUAUUCACGAUCCAGAUGGACCAGCUUCCGAGAACUGGGCAAUAUUUUUGGAUAAAAUGAAAGAAUACAUCCUAUCGAGCUUUGAUAUGCAUGUCCUUCAAACACAAGAAGAUACCAGACGACUUGAUAUGCAGCGACAUAUGCCUGGCUGGAAUUAUUGUACUUUCUUUAUACUGAAAGAAGGUUUGGCCCAAGCCUUUGAAAUUAUGACGCUGUAUGAAGACGCAUUGAUUCAGUAUGAUGAGCUCGAAGCAUCAUUUUUUCAAGUAUUGAGAGACAAGGCCCUAGCGUGGUUUGGCCAUUUUGGAGGAACGGACUUUGGAGAUGACAGCGGCAAUGUCUUGGAUUUCAAGCGGAAAGAUUACCGAGACCUUAUCAACAAAAACAGCAUUUCAGUGUUUGAUUUCAGAAGUUAUCUUUUUGCAAGACAGUGUCGUAUGUUAUUGAAGCUUCAAAGAGUGAUUGAAGUAUGCGGAAGAGCUCAGCUCUUUAUCACAAAUUUUAUACCAGCCAUUCGUGAAAAUACAGAUCAACUUGCGGAUGAUUUUCUAGAGUCGUGGGUAUUUUCUGCAUGUAUGAAUGUGGUGAAUGAAUGUGAGCCUCUGUGCCCUCAGCUGGCAGCUAUGGAUUCUGGAUUUACCAAACCUUACAGUGCUGUAAAGUCGGAUCUACUUUUGACUGCUCGAAGACAGCUGGAUAAACUAGGUGUAAAGCACGGAAGUUUACCAAACACUAUACCCUUCUCUAUUUACCUUGACAUUAAACCUACCUUAAAAAGUCCGUCCCAAGGAGAUCUUUCGCCAAAGGGGACAAUUACAAACCAGAAUUUACUUGAAGCAAUUAGUUCUGUAGAAUCGUUUGACAAGAUGUACAUGGCUUUGAGCACAAGGGCAACCAAGGGCUAUAUAAUCAGUAAUAGAUCAAAAGCAGCAUUGAGUGUUCAUGGAGAUAUUGCGGCUUUGAAAUACGUAAGAGGCAAAUAUGAAGAAGCUGUCGAAAUAUUUGAGCCUAUGAUCAAACAAUUCGGGAGAGAAGAUUGGGGAUCUAUUGAAAAUAGCCUUUUGAUCAAGUCUUCUAUCACAUAUGUAGAAUCUGUUCUUGCUUUGUUAAAGAAUGCGGAUUACUUAUCUCAAGAAGACGCAAAUUUGUAUAUGGAUGAACUACUUCGUGAUGUGAUAAAUCUUGAGACAGAUAUUGCAAGACAAUUCUCUCCGAUGUUUUCCAUUGCCGUUAUAUCAAUUAUUGACGAUGACACCGUUAACAGCACAAGUGUUGAAAUAUGUAUAAACUCUCACCUCCCAAAGAGUCUAUACUUUGAUAGUCUUCGGCUCUGUCUCGUAGGGAAUUCUCCUGAACAGAUAUGGUUUACUAUUGAAAAUCAAACAUUAAAUCCAGGAAAGAAUUCGUUUUACUUGACAAGUGAUACAUCUACUUCCGGAAACUACGUUGUUGAGAUGUGUGAGAUGCGAUUAGGAAAACUUAUGUUCUAUCAUAAUUUUAUGCGGGCUGGGCAAAAGAAACGUGUUGUUCGACUAAACCAUGAUGUAAAGCAGCUCAGUGCAAUUGUACAGCAACCAAAUGAAGUUUGUCUUGGAGAGAGGCAGAAAUUCUUGGUCUCGAUUAAAUCUGGACUUUCGACUAUCACAAAUGGAAGACUUUUGCUAGAACCGCAGACAGAUGGAUUAAAGAUUUUGAGGGAUGAAGAAGUGUGUGGAUAUAUUCAGAAUAUCAAAGACAGAGAGGCUUCUCCCAAAAAACAUGAGCUUGAGAUACUUGAUUCUGGGGAAAUCGUAUUACCUGAUUGUGAAGCUGAUCAUGAGCUUGAAAUCUAUGUUGCCUAUGAAGGACUCUACACCGAAUACGAAUAUAGAGUCAAAACUACAGUGUCAUACACAACUGAAAAUAAGGCACGCAAAUUUAUAUCCGCCGAUACCAUUCAUGUAAUAGAACCAUUGACUGUUACUGAGUCUAGCAUCUUUAGAGAAACUUGUGUUUUUCUCAAGGUUGAACUUUCUUGCAAUGGAAAAUGGCCUGUGAGAAUAUUGGGAUCUACUCUACGCCCUUCCAAAAUAUAUGUUGUAGAAAGUCAACCCAAAGAAGAGCAAUGGGAUCUGACAUUAUUUCCCAAGCAGCUAGCCACAUUUGUUUACAAGCUAGUGAAGCGAGAUGUCUCGGACGAAGACCCUACACUCAAAUCCAAAGUUCAGUUUAAUGUCAAGUACCGCACAGUUAAGAAUGAGGUCGAAACAAGCGUUGAAGUAAUGCUCAAGCGAAAGCUUGACGAGCACAAGCUAAGCCAGCAUGCUACAUAUGUUUUUAGCAAAGUUCGCGAAAAGUUCUUGCAGUCUGUGGACUAUGCCAGCUAUGGGUUAACAGAUGUUGUUCAUUUGGAUAACUUUGAUGCUGAGCUCUGUGAAUCUUUUUUACUUCACCGUGAUUUGAAAACAAAAGUCGAACUUCUUGAUUUGAUCGAAGACUUUUUUGAGGAGCAUGAGGCUAUUACAGUACACACAAUUAAAGAACAGACACCAAGUGCCACUAUCCAUGGCGUAUCAUUCUUGUUGGAUGUGCCUAUAUCCAAGAUCCUUCAUACGGUAGAGCUUGCUCUCUCAGUAGAAAAAGACUUGCUUGUUUCUGAGGCUUGUCCAUGUGUGUUACGUAUCAAGCAAUCAAUGUAUUGGUCUGCAGAGUCUGAUGAUAGCAAGCCUUUUGAAGACUUCUUCUACGAUAUUGAUGUGGAUUACGACAACUGGUUACUUUCGGGAAAACGUCGCCUUCGAUUUACAUCAAAACCUGGAGAGGUUGCUGAGUUUUCUAUUAGUCUUGUACCCCUUAAAACUGGAAACUUGCUUUUACCUUCUGUUCGUGUAUCAGCCGUGUCAUCCAAUGUUUUCUCUGCGACAGUUUACGUGAACAGUGCUCAGCAGAUCCUUGUGAAGCCAAAGUCCACCACAGCUACAUUCUUUAUUGAACAACAGCAACGCUUCCUUCAGCCGCAGAUGUUACCGACGUUUGCCAGUAAUCCUGAACGCCCAGCAUUAUCUCCAGAUAUCUCUUCUGCUAACGGUCGAAGUGGAUUAAGAGAGAUAGUAGGAGAGGCGACUUAAUAUGAAUAUUUUCCUCAAGUUUAAUUAUUAUAUUUUAUUUUUGAAUUAAAGCAUACAAGUAUGCAAUUUGACUUAUUUUUC